AUGACCCACUCGCUACAGACAAACAACUUGGACAACAUCAGUCUUGCCACGCAGAUUCUAGGCUUUAGUAUCGUAUCGCCUCUUGUCGCGCUGCGGGCUUUUGCUAGUUAUAAGUUACACCACCCGUUUGGCGUUGAAGAUGGCCUAACGAGAAUCAGCUGCUCUUCGUGGGGCAUUCCAUUUGCACCCUAUUCUACACGUACACCGGCGGCACAGUCUCCGACGUGCAAGGAGACGACCUUGAAACCAAAUACAAAGUACUUCCCUUCCAAACCCCUCUAUCAACCAAACCUAAGAAAGCAGAUCUUCUACAUAGCAACAAUUUUCUACGUCCCAAUGGUCCUAUUCGUCAAGACCUCCCUAAUCUACAUAUUCAUCCGCCUCUGGAGUCCCUACCGCGGAAAGGUCAUUGCACUUUACACCUUCCUGAUCUUCAUCACUCUAUACUAUAUCAUCAUUUUUUUCGUCAAGAUCUUCACCUGCAACCCCGUCAGCCUAUACUGGAAAGUCAACCGCCCCGUCGGUUCAUGUCUUAAUCGAUCCGCUAUUAUCGUCACCGACUCCGUUAUCAGCGUCAUCACUGAUCUGGCUAUUCUCGUCUUUCCUAUCGUCUUGACCUGGUCUAUGCAUAUGUCUGUUUCUAAGAAGUUGCAUGUCAUCGCCAUCCUUGGGGCGGGUAGUAUCGCUAUCGCGUUUAGUAUCUACCGGUUGGCACUGUCUAUCAGUGAGUUGGGCACUGAUAAUAAGGUUGUGUGGUUUAUGAAGGUUUUCUUGUCUGAUAGUGCGGAGGGUGGAUUGGGAUUGAUAUGUACCUGCAUUCCGACUAUCAAUAAGCUUGCUACUGAGGUUAAUCGGAAAAGACGGGUGAGGAGGGAAGAGAAGCGGAGGCUUGAGGUCGCGAAUGCGAGACCUAGUUCGAGGCGGAGUGAUGGGGACAGCGCGAGUUUGUUUUUAUAUAGUUUGCCUCAUAUAUCGAGCCAAGAUUCUUAA